GCACUACGUUUGCACUCAGGAAGGCUGCGACUGUGAUUUCCCAUUCCUGUUUCCGUGACCCUGACUGUACCCACAGAAGUUCGGAGAAGGGCUUUGAGUUGUUUGUACAGCGCAGUUUCCUAAAGUACUUCAGUUUAAAAAGUGCCAACAUUCCCUUUUCAGAGUCCAAAUCCCUUCCCUUCACCUUACAGUUGUGGCUUCAGAGGUUUACGCCAGAAGGGUGCCCGGAAGACCGUGGCGGUUCUUUUUGUCAUUUUGAAUAAGCUUCCAGGUGGACUAUGAAAGAUUAUGAUGAACUUCUCAAAUACUAUGAAUUAUAUGAAACUAUUGGGACAGGUGGUUUUGCGAAGGUCAAACUUGCCUGCCAUAUCCUCACUGGAGAAAUGGUGGCUAUAAAAAUCAUGGAUAAAAAUGCACUAGGGAGUGAUCUGCCUCGGGUCAAAACAGAGAUUGACGCCUUGAAGAAUCUGAGACACCAGCAUAUAUGUCAGCUCUAUCAUGUACUAGAGACAGCCAAGAAAAUAUUCAUAGUUCUUGAGUACUGUCCCGGAGGAGAGCUUUUCGACUACAUAAUUUCCCAGGAUCGCCUGUCAGAGGAGGAGACCCGGGUCGUCUUCCGUCAGAUAGUAGCUUCAGUUGCUUAUGUGCACAGCCAGGGCUAUGCUCAUAGGGACAUCAAACCAGAGAAUUUCUUAUUUGAUGAAUAUCAUAAAAUAAAGCUGAUUGACUUUGGUCUCUGUGCAAAGCCUAAGGGUAAUAAGGAUUAUCAUCUACAGACGUGCUGUGGGAGUCUUGCUUAUGCAGCACCUGAGUUAAUACAAGGCAAAUCGUACCUUGGAUCAGAGGCAGAUGUCUGGAGCAUGGGCAUACUCUUAUAUGUACUUAUGUGUGGCUUUCUACCAUUUGAUGAUGAUAAUGUUAUGGCUUUGUACAAGAAGAUUAUGAGAGGGAAAUACGAUGUUCCUAAGUGGCUGUCUCCCAAUAGCAUUCUGCUUCUUCAGCAAAUGUUGCAGGUGGACCCAAAGAAACGGAUUUCUAUGAAAAAUCUAUUGAACCAUCCCUGGAUCAUGCAAGAUUACAACUGUCCUGUUGAGUGGCAAAGCAAGAAUCCGUUUAUUCACCUUGAUGAUGAUUGUGUAACAGAGCUUUCUGUACAUCAUAGAAACAACAGGCAAACAAUGGAGGAUUUAAUUUCGUUGUGGCAAUAUGAUCACCUCACAGCCACCUAUCUUCUGCUUCUAGCCAAAAAGACUCGGGGAAAACCAGUUCGCUUACGGCUUCCUUCUUUUUCCUGUGAACCUGAUAGUGCCACCCCAAAGUCAAAGAAUCUAAGUCUGGAAGAUGUGACCACAGGUGGUGAAAAUUAUGUGGCUGGAUUAAUAGAUUAUGAAUGGUGUGAAGACAAUUUAUCAGCUUCCCAAACACCACAGUUUACCAAGCAUUGGACAGAAUCAAAUGGCCUGGAGUCUAAAUCAUUAACUCCAGUAUUAUGCAGAGCAUCUGUAAAUAAAUUAAAGAACAAAGAAAAUGUGUAUACUCCUAAGACCACUAUAAAGAAUGAAGAGAACUUUAUAUUUUCUGAGCCUAAGACUCCAGUUAAUAAGAACCAAUAUAAAAGAGAAGUACUUACUACACCAAAUCAUUACACUACACCCUCAAAAGCCAGAACCCAGUGCCAGAAAGAAACCCCAAUUAAAACACCAGUAAAUUCAGUAGGAACAGACAAGUUAAUGACAGGUGUCAUUAGUCCUGAGAGGCGAGAGAGAUACAAACUUUUUCAAGAUUACCUUCUGGUACAACUAGAUAUACCUAUGAAAAAAGUUACAGAAAGGUGCCGCUCAGUGGAAGUGGAUCUCAACCAGGCACAUAUGGAGGAUACUCCAAAAAGAAAAGGAACCAAAGUGUUUGGGAGCCUUGAAAGGGGAUUGGAUAAGGUUAUCACUGUGCUUACCAGGAGCAAAAGGAAGGGCUGUGCCAAAGAUGGGCCAAGAAGGGUAAAGCUUCACUAUAAUGUUACUACAACCAAACUAGUGAAUCCUGAUCAACUCUUGAAUGAAUUAAUGUCUGUUCUCCCAAAGAAGCAUGUUGACUUUGUACAAAAGGGCUAUACACUGAAGUGUCAAACACAGUCAGAUUUUGGCAAAGUGACAAUGCAGUUUGAACUAGAAGUAUGCCAGCUUCAGAAGCCUGACGUGGUGGGAAUCAGGAGGCAGCGACUUAAGGGUGAUGCCUGGGUUUACAAGAGAUUAGUGGAAGAUAUCCUGUCUAGCUGCAAGGUGUAAUUGAUGGAUGGUUUCUAUCCUGCCUGCUUGAACAUGAGUGUGAUACAGCCUACUUGGAGACUGGUAUGAUUAGUUUGAUUUUAAAGUCCAUUGGAACUACAAACUCAUUUCUAAAGAGCUGUCUGUCUUAAAGACUAAUACCUCUUUGUCUUUAAAUAAAAAGUACUAUUUUGUGGAUGAAACUAAGGCAAGCCCAUCUGUCAUCUGUUACUGUCUUUUUUAAUCAUGUGGCAUUGUUUAUUAAUAACUGUUGGCUUUCCUAGAUUCUGAUCCAUAUGUGG